CAAGUCAAUAACAUCUUACUAUUCUAAAAUUACUAGAAAUAUAUGAGUCAAGGUAUUUCUAUACAUUUAACUUCAAGAACAAUUGCAUUCCUGGAUAUUCUAGUUUUAAUUCAAAUUAAUUCAAAGUUUAUAGGCAUGAAAAAUACAUAAUGUAAAAUGUCUGGUUUCCACAAGAAAAUGAUCAUGAUAUAUAUUGGAAUAAUUAAAACCUGGUCGUGAAGGCUGUGUGUAAACUUCCAGCCAGGGUGGUCAAGCUAAUGACCAACUCUUUAUAAUUUCCCGUCGUGCCACCUGGGCGUGUUGUUUUUAUACCCACAGCGUGAUGUCAUAUCCGCUCGCACUCGCGUCUCACAGCUAUAUACAUUAAUAUGUUGUUGAACUCAUGUGUGUAUAUAUCUAAGUUCGUACGUGUGACUUAACUAGCAAGACUAGAUAGCAAGACGAUCCUGAAAAAGACGUGUUAAACAAGAAACUCCUGUGCAAUAAUAUUGUGAUCGCUUUGGCUUUGAACCUAGUCAUUUGGCUUUUCAAGAUAGCAUUGGAUUGCAAAGGCACAGACGAUAUAAUCCAGAGUAAAUAAGCUGAACUCGUAACCACAGUUAAGCGAGACGAUGGGAUUCGUUAUUGUAACCGUUCGUAACUUAUUAUGGAUGUUAAUGUCCCUGACAGCAGCUAUGGCUUUAAUCGCAGCGAUUAUUUCACCGAACUGGAACACUGCACGUGAUGGAUAUUAUAAUACCACAGAAAAAAGACCGACCAUUGGUUUAUAUUCUCGAUGUGGCCAACAGUUAUUAGCUGCGGGAAAAACAAGAUGGUCGUGUUACAGAUAUGUCGAAAAUCUCGAUGAAUUACCCAGUAAUUUCUGGAAAGCAAGUCUCAUUUUUACGGUCUUUGGUAGCGCCGUGACUGCAAUAUGCGUGUGUAUGUCGUUGCUUGCGUUUUGUGUCCAUAAGAUUGGAAGAAAACCAUUGAUACCCAUUGUAGGAGUCGUUCAAGCAAUUGCAGGUUUGUUCCUUCUAGUUGGCCUGGUAUUGUGGCCUGCAGGAUGGGGAAGUGAAAAUGAGAAAUUUGUGAAAUACUGUUAUGAAACCCCAAAUGACGAUGAAAACAAACCGUCAGCGUUCAAACUUGGCGAUUGUUCUCUUGGUUGGGCAUUCUAUUCAGCAUUAGGAGGAACUUUACUAGUCUUCCUGUGUGCGAUAUUCUCUGGCCAGGCUGAGAAAUCUACAUCGAGUGAUAAAGUUCAGGAUGAAAUAUGGAAAGGGAAGAAAGUUAUUUGCUUGCCUUGAAUGUUUUAAUUUUGUCACGCAUAUAUAAUGCUUGAAGUAGCUUGUUUGAUCAUGUGGAAGAGUAGAAGUAAUAACGUAUCAAAUAAUUGUUUAUUACCCGGUUGAAAUAAAUGCAGUGUUAGUGUUAAUGUGAUAAAUUACAACAAGUAAAUUUUGGGGACAAAGUUAGGGAAUUCCUGUAGGUCCUCUCUUACGCAGAAGAUUGAAGUCAUCCAACAGAAUAUAUAAAGACAUAGACGUUGUAUAAACAAACACACCUUAUUACUACUCACUACUAGAGAUUUCCA